AUGGAGGGCACUACCUACGUCGCAAAACGGUUCUACAACAUUGGUGGUGGUACCCUUGCCGGUGUAACCCCAUCUCAGAACUAUCAGAACCUCUAUCAGGAGGUGUGUCGCGCCUUCCAAGGCCAGUGGUUCCUCGAGAGCUUCUACAAGCUUGUACGUGAGAGGGAUAUUGAGGCUGACAUGUGUUCGUCUUCAAUGUUCAUCUCCUCCGAUGUCACACAGUUGGCUAUUGACAGCGACAGCGAGCCCGAGAAAGCUGGAGCUUACUGGCUAAUUGAGCCUCGACGAGCAACAUCCGUCCACCGCUGGAGUGGCACAAUGUCACACCCUGCUGGUGCUGGCCAGAAGGCGCAGACAAUGUCUGCAUUUGCCCAUUUUGUCUACCGCUACUCAAACUCUCAGCUUGUCGCUGCCGAUCUACAGAGCACAGUUGCUGCUAUUGAUAAUGCGGUGGUUGAUGUCGUUUUUGACAUGAUGACACAUACUCAGGACGGAAAUUCAGGUGUUGGAGACCAUGGUCAGGAGGGGAUCGAUGCUUUCGUGAAGCAACACGAAUGUAAUCGCAUCUGCAUGGAGAUGAGCUUGUCGGGAGAUAACAGUAGCCGCAAAGACCGUGACUCGGAACGCGACGAUUCGGGUUCGGAGUGA